AAAUGCCGCGAUUCAACGGAAUCUUCUCUCUUGCCUGACAAACGCGGAGUAAAGCAGACCUCAGUGGUGUGCCGCUCUUCAUUCACUCCUUUCUUUUUUAACCUCCUUAAUUCCUUAGAAUAUUCGUCAUAAUGGCCGAUACCGCACCCGAGGCUGUGGAAACUCCUGAGGUCACCAAGGAGACCAAAGAUGCCAAGGAAACCAAAGAAACCAAGGAAGUUCCUGAAGAAACUGAAAAGCCAAAGGAAAAUGGUGUAGAAGCUAAGGGUGAGACGGAGAAGGAGAGUGACAAGGCAGAGACAGAAACAAAAGAUAAAGUAACAAAAGAUAAAGAAGCUAAAGAUGAGGAUGCUAAAGAUGAAGAUGCUAAGGAUAAAGAUACUAAAGAUAAAGAUACUGAAGAUAAAGAUACUAAAGAUAAAGAUACUAAAGAUAAAGAUACUAAAGAUAAAGAUACUAAAGAUAAAGAUACUAAAGAUAAAGACACUAAAGAUAAAGAAGUAACUCCCAAAGAAACUUUGGAGAAAUCUGAGGAAAAGUCGACCUCUGAAGAAACUAAGGAGCCUGAGGCAGAAACAAAGACUGCUGAAACUGAGGAAGAAAAGAAGACCACUGAAAAAGCAGAGAAAGUUGAAGAACCUGCCAAGAAAGAGGAGGAGGAAAAGAAGGAAAAAGAGGAAAAAACUGAAGUCAAAGAAAAAGAUGAAAAGACAGAGGCAAAGGAGGAGAAGGCAGAAGAAAUGGAAGUUAAUGGAUCAGCACCUGAGACUAAUGGCAAGGCCGAUGAAGAAAUGAAUGGUCAUACAGAGGCAGAAGCUGCUACCAAUGGAGAGUCAGAAAAACGACCAGCAGAGGAAACUGAAGGUACUCCUAGGAAGAAGGCUAAAGUUGCUGAAGAAGCUUCUGCAGAUCCAGCGGAAGCUACUGCUACAGCCUAGUCCUUUACCCCAAGUUUACCCAGAUUUUUUUUUUUUUUUUUUCGUAUGUGGCUCAUCAAACCCUAUGGGCUCUUUAUUUUCUCCCCUUUUGUACCAUUUCUUAGAUAGAAGCACUGUGUAGGUGCUAGCAAUUUUUUCCCCCUCAUACUUAAAGUACCUGUCAGGUUAUAAUCGUUAAGAGGCAAGGAACAGUUUUUAUUACUGUAAAAAAAAUGGUAACAUGUUCCUUUUCAAACAACUGGUUGUAUUGUAAUCUUGAAUGUAUAUAAUAACGUUCAAUGUUACCUUUUUAACAAAGAAAAACAAUAUUUCUGGACCAUUAGUUAAUGGUUUGAUGUAUGUGCCGUGUAUAUUGCUAGAUGUAUGAAUGUUAUGACCUUAAUGAUCUUAUUUCUGAUGAGGUCUUUGCGAAUGCUCAUUCUGUAUCGUAUUCCCAGCAGAAAUUUUGUAUUCACUGGCCUUUAUUUUGCUAGUGAUAAUUAUUGGAGUCAUUGCUUAUGUUUGUUAGUGUCAGGUUUUCAAGGGUAAGGUCAUGGGGUUAGAUUUGUUUCAGUAAAGACUACAUUGUCCCCACGUUGUAGGAUAUGUUCUGACUGGUAUACUUUGCAGGAGGAGUAACGCUCAUCUACUUUUCCCACUUUUUUUUUUUUUUUCAAGCGAGUCGACAUUCCGUUUAAUUUAUCAAUCAUAAAUAGGUUACUGUGUAACCUGUGCUUGUGUGACUGGAAUCGUAUUAUUUUUCAAAUAAAUUAUGACUUCACAAA